AAGUUUUCCUGUCGGCCUGAGGUUAAAAAGUAAAAAUGUGUGCUGUCUGGCAAACGUUAGACUCCUUGGCGGGUAACAAUUUGAACCGAAUCAAUGAUAGUUUCCAAGUGAAUUGGUUCAGGAGUUUUUCGAAGAAAGACCUAUUAGAUUCAAUUGUUAAGAGCCAAUGGAUAAAAAGUGAAACAAAUCAAAGUGCAGACAGUGCCAGGAAGUCUUCGACAGUGAAGGAUGGGAAUGCAGUGACUAACUCAAAAAAGGACUCUGGUAGAAGGAGGAAGAAAAGUACUACUCGAAAGAAAAGGAAGAAAUGUCCUCCCGAGAAACUUUCAACAGAAUAUGAUGGUAUUGUGGAGUGUAGCUAUAACAUCCCUCGGAUUACGGCCCGCUUGGAAGGCUUGAUGGGAACCAAUGUUGUUCGAUUAACUGACAGAGCUUACAUGCACCAAUUGCGGAAAAGCCACGAGGCCGACUGUCAGGCUAAACUACAAGAACGUAUUGACAAAAGAGAGAAACAAGAGAAAGAAAGACAGUAUUUCUUAAUUUUUCGAGGAAAUUACAGUUCGGAAAAUUGUCCGCAUUCUUUCAAGCUUGCACAUAGUGUGGCCCUGGCUCAAGAGAUGGAACGCGAAAGGAAAUUAGUGAUGCAAGGGAAAGAAACGAGAAUUCCAGAAGACAUGCGAAAUCAUCCCGUUUUCAAAAUAAACCAGAAGACUAACGAAAUUAUUGCUAAAAGGAGAUCAAAGCUAAAAACCAAUCGGGAGAAAAAUGCAGAGCGUUUAAUUCGUCAAGGGAUGAAAUGGGAACGCAAUCGCCUCGUGUUUGAAGAUCUCGAGAAAAAGAAAGAACUAGAACUCCAAGCACGAAAGAUUCAGCAAACCGGGCUAGAGGAGCAGUAUCGAAGUGAAGAUGCUCUACGUGGAUUGGAUCUGCUGAGGAUUCACGAUAAAAAAUGGAAACCAUGUGAGCUCGAUUUGAAGAAAUUCCUGGAAACAGAAGAAGCUUUGAUGAAGCAACGAUUCAUACGAAAGCCUGUUCAAUAUAACAGCGAUCCGAAAGAUGUUCGAAACGUUGCAAAGGCAAGGAAAAAAUUCCGCGAAACUGAAGAGAGAAUACGUAAACGCCUGGAAGAACAACUAGCAGCUAAUACCAUUAAUGGCUCGAUUACUAAACCACAUUUGGUGCAGCCCGUCAGUUCACUUUCCCGAAAGGCUCUGGAGACAGCAACAAAGCAGUCUGCAAUGACGUUAUCGGUAGCUGCAUACGAGAAGGAAAGGGAUGCGUUCCUUCCAAGUGAUGUCGGUUUACAAAGCAAUGAGAAUUUAAGUGCGAAGGAAUUAGAUAGCCAACAUGAAACGGAUGUCAACUACAAGGCCAUCUUCCAGAAGAAAAUGGAGAAUGAUGUGAAGAAUGACUUGAUAAUGACGAAGGAGGCAUUUGACGCAUUGCAUUACGAAGAUCCACUGAUAGCUUUGUUAAAAGCCACAGAUAACGUUCAUGAUCUGUACAGGAUAGCCAAGGAUAUAAUUCUUCAGGAUUCUAAUCAAGUUGUUGAGACAGUAAUAGAUGGAGGAUCAGUUACUCCACUUACAGUAGCAUCGCAGUAGUAAUCAAUGAUAUCAUAUUAUAUACAAUCGCAUAUAUUUUAAUAAAUUUU